AAGUCUGCGUCGUCUGCGAAGAAGCCGCGCGCCAAGCCUGCGCACCCGCGCACCUCUGAGAUGGUGACGGCCGCCAUCAAGAGUCUGAAGGAGCGCGGCGGGUCGUCGCUGCAGGCGAUCAAGAAGUACAUAGCCGCGCACUACAAGCUGGACGCGGAGAAGCUGGCGCCGUUUAUCAAGAAGUACCUCAAGUCGGCCGUCGUGGCGGGCGAGCUGGUGCAGACGAAGGGGAAGGGCGCGUCCGGCUCGUUCAAGCUUGCCGGCGCCGGCGGCGGGGGGGCGGCCGAGGGCGGCAAGGCUCGUGCUGGCGGUGCCAAGAAGAAGCGCGCCGCUCCGGCCAGCAAGGAGAAGAAGGGCGCCCGUGCGGCCGGCGCAAAGAAGGCUGGUGGCGUGAAGGCGGCGACCGGUCGGAAGGCGGGCGCCGCCAAGAAGGCGUCUGCGGCGUCGGCCGCUCCCGCGGGUGCGAAGAAGGCGGCUGCGGCCAAGCCGGCCAAGGCCAAGUCGCCGUCGAAGGCGAAGAAGGCCGCCAAGGUUCCGACGAAGAAGCCGAAGGCGCCGCGCCCGAAGAAGGCGACGACGCCGUCUAAGGCGAAGGCUUCGCCC